CCUGUUAAACUGUCCAUGCUAAAGGGAUUAAUUACACCUCUCGUCCUACCCCGGAGAGACAACGUCCUUCUCUCUGCUCUGCUCUGCUCUGCUCUGCUCUGCUCUGCUCUGCUCUGCUCGACCACCGCUGAAAAAGUCAGGCCUCUCGCCCCUCCCCCCCUCCCCCUGUUAAACUGUCCAUGCUAAAGGGAUUAAUUACACCUCUCGUCCUACCCCGGAGAGACAACGUCCUUCUCUCUGCUCCCUCCUCCCUCCUUCCUCCUCCCUCCUCCCUCCUCCCUCCUGGUCCUCCUCUUCACGCCGAGUGGACCGAAGUUACUGGGUCGUCCCCUACCUAGAUCGAAGGGUACAUGGCUUGUACAUUAUGUAGUGCUCCCAUCCUCGAAGGCUUCUAGACUUUCCUACCCAUUUGCUUAUAUGCAUGCAGUCCGCACCCUUUCCCAUCCCAACCCCACAUCGUCAACAUCUUUAUCUCUACUCCCUCCUCCUCCUCCUCGUCUACCACCCUCGAACCCUGGAGAGCUCAGCAUUCAAUACAACUGUUUACUAGAACAGCAAAAAUCUUCAGGUCUUCUUCCGUACUUUAUACUCUACAUCAACAAAACAACACUCCAUAUUCAUCUUUACCGUCCCAUUCAGUACAGUCACUGUGUCGAGGCUUCUUCGGUCAGCCUUCCUCUCAGGAAGAGAAAGUAUCCCACGGCCCGCCCCGCUUCGCUUUCGACCCUCCCACCUCUCACCCCGACAUUUCGUCUCUCCUUCAGAACACAUACAAGAAAAAAAAGGGUCAUCAUGUGCAAUUACACACAAGUCGAAUACGAGUGCGGUCAUCGUCGGUACACAGUCAGAGCAUGGUGUACCAAUUACGAGACGACACAUAGGCGGUGUCCACCGACCGUGGUAGCCGUUCAAUGGAGGUUAGAUGAACGCUGUGGUUCGUUACCCUACCUACAUGUCUUUCCUCGCACACUCAACAAAAAACUUCAUACUUUAUACUUUAUACUUUUUUGUUUUGUUUUGGGUUAUUCUUUUGUUUUUACCCAUCCCAUCCCAUAUCAUAUCAUCUCAUAUCACUAACUCCUUGCGUGCUUUCAUUAGGUGACUGUCGAGAACCAGCUAUGCAACCAUGGAUGAAGUACCAGACUAAGAACACACGCAUCCAGACAUAGCAGGGUGGAAAGGACCGGCCACGUUGUAGGAGUCAUGACAGUCGAUUGAAGAGCGAAGGAGUGGAGCAGCGGGGAAAAUGAAAUGAAACGAAGGGUGUGUACUGGUUACGAGCACAGGAGCACCAGCCACAGGGCAAACGGCGUCACGAGUGUUGAGGAGUUUCUGUUUUAUGGGCUUUGGGAGUGGGGGUGUUCAGGGAAAUAUUUCGGUGCUUGCUUUGCUUGCUUGCUUACUGGCAUGGGGGCUGUGGUGCUCGAUGCGUGGUGCGUGGGGUACUCCUUCCCUUUUUUUUUUCUGGUGUUGAGGUCGGGUGUCUUCGAUCCACGGCGCAGAAAGGAAAGGGUUCAUCAUCGGAUCGGAUCGUAGGUUCAUGAAAUCCAGUGUAUUAUCACACCCGUUGCGUUGUGCGUGUUUCUUUGCCAAUGUUUAUUUGUUCCCCCAUCCUAUCACCAUGGGCUGUGUGGCAGUACAGUGUAAUACCGACCAGGUUUCUCUUCCGAAUGCUCGUCCCCACCCCCUCGAUCUGCUUCAAUAAUGGAAGACCAUACCAUACCAUACCAUACCAUACCAUACCGACUGGGUGCGCCUACCUACCUAGACAGUCAGCCACACGUGGUCCUCUUCACCCCCUGGAGAGAACAGAACAGAACGGUGUCCAUUAUUCUUCUUUUCUCAAGGUAUUAUUACAGCUAGGCCAGGGUCCAGUCCAUGCCAUGGGCGAGGUGCAUAUCCGUGCAGUGGGGAUGGGGGGCGAUCUUGGGAAAAUCCAAGAUUCAUUUCAAUCUGGCUGCUGCGCUGCUGCGCUGCAAGAAGCCGAGUGCAACGAGAAGGGUCACGGUCACGGUCACGGUCACACAAGUCCGUCCCAAGAAGUCGGAUCUGUUAUUAUCAUAAUAUCGGGCGGCUGCAGACGGGAAAAUCAAGGAACGGAACAGGAACAGGAACAGGAACAGGAACAG